UGUCACCCUCUGCGUUAUUCAGUGAUCAUGUCAGGAAAAAUCUGUGUCUGGUUGGCAGCUAUUUCAUAUUUCCUUGGCAUUUUCUAUGCAGUUUUACACACCGCACUCAGUUUUUCUUUAUCCUUUUGUGGAUCAAACAUAAUCAAUCAUUACUACUGUGAUAUCCCCCCACUCUUAAAGCUUUCUUGCUCUGAUACUCACACCAAUGAGACCGUAAUAUUAGCACAAGUGAGCAUUACUGUGGGCACUACAGUAACUAUCUUGUUCUCCUAUGCCUCUCUCUUAAUCACGAUUUUAAAGAUCCGUUCUACACAGAGCAGACGCAAGGCCUUUUCUACCUGUUCUUCGCACCUGAUUGUUGUCAGCUUAUUCUAUGGGACAAUCUUCUUUAUGUAUUUACGGCCCAGCUCCACAUAUUCCUUGGAACAAGACAAAGUGGCAUCUUUGUUCUACACAGUGGUAAUUCCCAUGCUGAAUCCUCUCAUCUACACCCUGAGGAACAAAGAAGUGAAGGAGGCAUUUUGGAGAAUGUUUAGGAAGACAGUCUAA